AUGGAAAUGAAACAUUUCAGCCACGAUCAUGCCCUGACUCUUUACCAUAUGGCUGAAGGAUCAGAAACUUUGUGCUCAGGAUGCAAGCUGCCCGGUCUAACCACGGCUUACAUGUGUUGGCAAUGCCAAUACUUUCUCCAUGAACAAUGUUUCAAUGCAAAACGAUCAAUCAUUCAUCCUUCUCACUCAUCUCAUCCUCUAACUCUCCUGCCCUACUCCACUUAUACAUCAUCUUCCUUCCUCUGCAACUCCUGUCAUCUCUCCGGCACCGGAUUCUCUUACGCUUGUUCCCAUUGCGACUUCGAUAUCCAUCUCCACUGCGCCUACACCACUUCCCAGUCCCAAACCCCCCACCAGUUUACUUACCCGGAGGUUUCAGAAACCUACCCGCCACCACCACCUGUUCAAGUUCAACCAUACUAUGCUCAUGCUGAGAACGCGCCGGUUAUGGAUGCAUACCCAUCACUUCCACAACCGCCCUAUGUUCCACCUUAUGCUUUUAACGGCCAUGUUAUGCCAAAUUAUGCAGCUCCGGCGAAUUCACAUCUAACAAUUUCAUCUCCAAUCGAAAACCAGCCUGAUUCUAACACAACCCAUGUGUCUAAACACUUCAGCCAUCAGCAUGCCUUGCUCCAGAGUAACAUAGAGGAGGAGGAGAGGAAAGGAGGAGAGGAUGAUCAUAAUAAUGAUGGACUUACGCCAGCAGAAAGGUUGUUGAAGAUGCAAAAUGAACUGCAAAUAAUGCAAUUUCAGAUGCAGAUGAACCGGAGGUUGAACCAGAGCAUUAUUGAUUCGAUUCGUUAA